GUUGAUUUAGCUACACAAGAUACAAACUCGAGACAAGUCCUGAACAGUCUAAGAGCAGCCAGGUAGUGUAACCUGCACAAACGUCAGUUUAUAUGCAAAGCUAUGCCUGAGGAAACUAUGGACAAGACACAUAUGGUUACAUGCACGGCUCCUGUGAAUAUAGCUGUCAUUAAGUACUGGGGGAAGAGAAAUGAAGAGUUAAUUCUACCCAUUAACUCAUCUCUGAGCGUCACGCUGCAUCAGGACCAGUUGAAAACAACCACUACAGUUGCAACCAGCAGAUCAUUUGAGGAGGAUCGGAUAUGGCUCAAUGGCAAAGAAGAGGACAUAACCCAUCCGAGACUACAGUCCUGUCUGAGAGAGAUUCGACGACUAGCACGGAAGAGGCGGAAUGAUGGACACCCUGAUUUGGAUUCGACCGGUUUGUCACAUAAAGUCCACAUCUGCUCCGUUAACAACUUUCCCACUGCGGCUGGACUCGCCUCUUCAGCAGCUGGAUUCGCUUGUCUGGUGUACACGCUGGCUCGUGUGUUUGGCGUAGAAGGAGAGCUGUCUGGGAUUGCUCGUCAAGGCUCAGGCAGCGCAUGCCGCAGCAUGUAUGGGGGGUUUGUCCAGUGGAUCAUGGGAAAUAAAGACGAUGGGAAGGACAGUCUAGCCCAGCAGGUGGAGCCAGAGACUCAUUGGCCUGAGCUCAGAAUCCUUGUUUUAGUGGCUAGUGCAGAGCGGAAGCCGGUAGGCAGCACCUCUGGGAUGCAAACCAGUGUACAGACAAGCUGUCUGUUAAAGCACCGCGCUGAAUCUGUCGUCCCAGGCCGGAUGAACGAAAUGAUUGCAGCAGUCCGCAGAAAGGACUUCCCUGCCUUUGCUGAACUAACCAUGAAGGACAGCAACCAGUUUCAUGCCACUUGCCUUGACACGUACCCUCCCAUCUUCUACCUCAAUAGUGUCUCACAACAAGUCAUCAACUUGGUGCAUCGUUAUAACAGGCAUUACGGGGAGACACGGGUGGCCUACACUUUCGAUGCAGGGCCCAAUGCUGUGAUCUUCACUUUGAAGCAGCAUGUUCCUGAGUUUGUCCGAGUGGUUCAACAUUUCUUCCCCCCAGAGACCAACGGAGAACACUUUAUUAAGGGUCUUCCAGUCAACUGUGAACCUCUAUCCAAGGAGCUGAUACAGAGUAUUGGUCUCGAACCCAUGCCAAAGGGAAUAAACUACAUGAUUAGUACCAAGGCUGGACCAGGACCUUGCGUUGUUGAGGAUCCCACUCAGCACCUGCUUUUGUCUGAUGGCCUGCCCAAGAAGAUCAUGUGAUGCCCUGCAGCUCAAAGCUCUUGAGUUCUUCUGAGGAACAAUGAAGCCAGUUCAGCAAAUGUGUCAUUCAUAUGCAACUAGUUUACAAAUUCUACAAAUGACUACAAAUCCAGCGACCUUAUUUACAAUCAUGGAUACUAAUAUAGUUCCUUUCAAUAUCAAAUUCUUUUCAUUAAGGCUUAGUAUUCCCCUAUGUUGACCUCAUUUCUACAGGUAGGUGUACGUGAGCUCAACUCUCAGUUAGUAAAUAAACAGAUACUUAAGCCUCAAGCGAUACACGCGAGCUGUGAAAACAGUUCACGCCUGCAGCUGCCCUUGUGCUCUCUGACCUAUCUGAGCGAAUACGUGUUUAUAUGUGGUUUACAUCUUGUUAAAAUUUGGAAUCUACACAAUAUAGAUAUUUUUGUGAAUUUUAUUGCAUAAAAAUAAAAUAUAUUUUAAACCAGA